AUGUUGUUCACUCCGCUCAUUCUUCUCUUUCCCGCUGUUAGUCAUGCCUCUUGGUUGCCCAUCCGGCUGCCCAUCAGGCGAGGACAGCCUUCGAUCCCCGAAGACUGUACUGUGACGAGCACUCUUUCCCCUAUCACUAUGACCAGCAUCUAUCCUACCUCUACCAUUGGACCCUAUGGUUCCGACUCUGGUUCCGGUGGUACUCAUGGUUGGGGUGGCUCUGGCUCUGGCUCUGGCUCUGGCUCUGGCUCUGGCUCUGGCUCUGGCUCUGGCUCUAGUGGCUUCGAGGGCUCCGAGGGCUCCGAGGGCUCUGGCUCUGGAUCCAGUGGCUCCGAGGGCUCCGAGGGCUCAGGUCACGGUCAUGUGACAGACGGCGGCUCACUCAUCUACACCACCGCCCUCCCAACUAUCGGCCCCAAUGGCCCAGGUGUACAUACUUAUACCAUCACCGCCCCCUGCGCCUCGUCUGACUGCCAGAGACCUGCCCCCACCGAGUGUCCUCCUGGUUUCACCACCACAGCCGUUAUCUGCCAUGUCUGUGGCGAGCACCCGGUAACCACUACUUUGACUCUCCCUAUCGAGUCAGCCACAGCUGGUCAGGGGUCUCACGGUGGGGCCGCCAAGGCUGGCUCUACUUUGACUUCGGUUGUCACGGCCGCGGUUCACAAAUCCGUCGCGCCUGUUUCUCCUGCUGAGAGCGUGUACCCGUGGAUUUCCCGCGGUGGCCCUCAAUUGCCCGAUGCCGAGAAACCCUCUCAGGUCCCUGGUGCCACUGGUGAAUCUGGCAGUUCUGGUGGUUCAGAUUCUGAGCAUGAUGAGGCUGAAAAAGGCGACGAAUUACCCGACGGCCCUAAGAACACCGGCGCUCCCGAAGCACCCGUUGGAGCGGGCGCUAGUUCUCACAGUACCACUGCACCCAACGGAGCCCCUACUGCAGCGGGUACUGAAGCCGGGCACGGAGACGGAGAUGAAGCGGGAUUGGGAUCGGCCUCUCCUUCUGAUGAUGACGCUAGCCCAUCAGCCGUUGUCGUUACUGGCGACGCACCCGAUUCCAAGGUGACCAAAUCCGUUGUCCUCAAAGCCGUCCUCUUUGCCACAAUGGUCUUGUAUCCUCUCUACGUCUAG